GCUAAGAAGAAAAGAAAAGUGGCGGAAAUUUAUCAGGCCCUGAACAGCGACCCCAUCGACGUGGCCACGCUCCGGCGGAUGGCGAUCAGCGAGGGGGGGCUCCUGACAGAUGAGAUCCGUUGCAAAGUGUGGCCGAAGCUACUAAGUGUGAAUACAGACGACCUUCCCCCUCUUCCAGGAAAGGAGCUGCGAGAGGACAAUAAAGAUUACCAGCAAGUGUUGCUGGACGUGCGGCGAUCUCUGCGCCGUUUCCCGCCAGGGAUGCCCGAUGACCAGAGGGAGGGUUUGCAGGAGGAGCUCAUCGAUAUUAUCCUCCACGUCCUCAAGCGCAACCCCCAGCUGCACUACUACCAGGGCUACCAUGACAUCGUGGUCACCUUCCUGCUGGUGGUGGGCGACAGACUGGCCACGGCUCUGGUGGAAAAGCUCUCGACGCAUCAUCUCAGGGAUUUUAUGGACCCGACGAUGGAUAACACCAAGCACAUUUUAAAUUACCUGAUGCCCAUCAUAGACCAGGUGAACCCUGACGUGCAUGACUUCAUGCAGAGCGCGGAGGUGGGAACUAUCUUCGCUCUCAGCUGGCUCAUUACCUGGUUCGGGCACGUUUUGUCCGACUUCAGGCACGUCGUGCGAUUAUAUGACUUCUUCCUGGCUUGCCAUCCGCUGAUGCCCAUUUAUUUCGCUGCCGUGAUCGUGCUGUACCGGGAGCAGGAAGUUUUGGACUGCGAGUGCGACAUGGCCUCUGUGCACCACCUCUUGUCCCAGAUCCCACAGGACCUUCCUUACGAGACUCUGAUCAGCAGAGCUGGGGACCUUUUUGUCCAGUUCCCGCCGUCUGAACUUGCCAGGGAGGCAGCUCAGCAGCAGGCUGAACGAACCGCGGCUUCCACUUUUAAGGACUUUGAGUUGGCAUCAGUGCAACAGAGACCGGACACUGUGUUGAGGCAGCGCUUCAGGGAGCGGCUCCGAGGGGAGGAGCGGACAAAAUCCAUCUUGACAAAGCCAAGGACCAACCGUUUUGUCAAGCUGGCGGUGAUGGGGCUGACAGUCGCGCUGGGAGCAGCUGCCCUGGCCGUGGUGAAGAGCGCGCUGGAGUGGGCACCCAAGUUUGAACUGCAGAUUUUCCCCUGA